GAGAGAGAGAGAGAGAGAGGCCCCCGUAGGCAUCGUUACCAUUUUGCGAACCCAAAAAAAUUUUACUCCAUUUUUUCUUUGCUUUCACUUCUUCCCUUCUCUGCUUCCAUUUCCACUCAUUUUCCUCUUUCGAUUCUCAGCUCAGAUCUCUCCAACAAACUCCUCACCCACCCACCCCUUCUCCCUCUCUUCUGUUUGCUCGCUCAAGUUCGAAUUCAACCGCAUAAUCGCUUCAACUGGGUUGAAGUUCAUCGUUAAUUCAGCGGUUAGAGUCAUGACUAUGGAGCUUUUCGAAAUUCAACCUGCCGAACUUAAGUUCACUUUUGAGUUGAAGAAACAAAGUUCAUGCUUGAUACAACUUAUCAAUAAGUCUGAGCAACAUAUUGCUUUCAAGGUAAAAACUACAUCUCCCAAGAAGUACUGUGUGCGACCCAAUACUGGCAUUAUUAAGCCCAAGGAUACGUGUGACUUCACAGUCACCAUGCUAGCUCAGCGUACGGCUCCACCUGAUAUGCAAUGCAAAGACAAGUUCCUGGUCCAAGGCACAGUCAUCACCCCUGGAACAUCUGAAGAGGACAUCACAUCUGACGUGUUUGCAAAAGAUACUGGCAAGCACAUUGAAGAGAAGAAGCUGAAGGUUUUUCUAGUGAGCGCAACACCACCUCCUGUUUUGUUACCAAUUAAUGGAGAAUUGAAACUAGAUUCAAAUAAUGAAACUUCCAUGCCAAGAGAUAGAAUGCAGACAGGAGUUGAGAACAUACCUCCACCUCAUAACGUUGCAGAAGACUCCAAUGGACUCACCUGCAACCACAUAGAUGAACUUAGACCAGUUGAUAACCCAGUAUUGCUAUCUCCACCUUAUAAGGUGGCCGAGGGAGUUGAGAAAAUUGAUACUUGUAAAGAUUCUGAUGAGAAUAGAGCAGCUGAGGAUGUUUCAACAAGACAAAAUGAGGAUGUGGUAGCUGGACCAAUUGAGCAUAUUGAAACCACGCCAGCUGAGGGAAUUGAGGAAUCAAAACUAGCGAAGGUUCUACCAGAGUUAAACUUAACUAAAGACUUUCAAGAGCUGAAAUCAAAGCUAACUCUCAUGGAUGCAGAACUACUAGAGGCUGAAGCUACCAUAAUGAGGCUGAAAAAGGAGAGGAUGGUAACAAGUAAAGAGAGGGAAAUGCUCAAGCGUGACUUGGAGACAUUGAGAAAGACUGGCCAAAGAAGUAUCCAAGUAGGCUUCCCCUUGAUGUAUGUUGUGAUGGUUGCUUUUAUCAGUCUUCUUGUUGGAUACUUCGUCCAUCCUUAGCAGCAGCAGAACAAAUCAAUGGGGGCGCCAUCAGGUAUUGUUGGAAAUAUUUUCUUUUUAAGAUUAUGGACUGGGCUGCUGUCUUUGAUCAGAUCGAGAGGAGAAUCCAAUAGGCUCUCUGUGUAGUCCAAUUGUUUUUGGUUGUAUAUUGACUUGAUGUGUGCUUUUUUAUGAUUAUAUGUAAAGCCUUUUUCUUAUAUAUAUAUAAAAUAAUUUCUUCUCAUUAUUUCAUCCAA